ACUAGUCCAAACCCCUUCAAUAAAGGCCUCCAUUACCAUUUUAUUUGAUCAGCUCUCCCACCACCACUCUCACCACCACCUCUGCGACCGCCGCCGCCAUCACCACCACCUCCAUGGCCGCCCCAAAAGGAGGUGGAUAUCCAAAGAUGGAAUCUUCAAGGAAUGAUAUUCACCAACCCAUGCUUCAACACCUACCCAUUCUAACACCAGAAGAACCAUCGGAAAAUCGCAUCGAAUAUAGUAGCGGAGAACUUGAGAGAGUGUUGUGUGACGGAAGCGUGCCGCUCUGGCAGCGUCUCUGGCAGGCCACGUGGAUUGAAUUGAAGCUGUUAUUCUUCUUAGCAGCCCCUGCUGUGAUUGUUUAUUUGAUCAACUACUGUAUGUCCAUGUCAACUCAAAUCUUCGCCGGCCACUUAGGCAAUCUUGAGCUCGCUGCUGCUUCACUUGGCAACAAUGGCAUCCAAAUGUUUGCCUAUGGUCUCAUGCUGGGUAUGGGCAGCGCAGUUGAAACUCUAUGCGGACAAGCAUACGGAGCACACGAAUACGAAAUGCUCGGCAUUUACCUUCAAAGAUCAACCAUCCUCCUCACUCUCACCGGCUUCGUCCUCGCUUUCGUCUACAUUUUUUCCGAGCCCAUUCUCGUAUUCCUCGGCCAAUCCCCCGACAUUGCCUCUGCCGCUGCCCUCUUCGUCUACGGCCUCAUCCCCCAAAUUUUUGCCUACGCUGUAAACUUCCCAAUCCAAAAAUUUCUACAGGCACAGAGCAUUGUGACGCCCAGUGCAUACAUAUCUGCAGUCACAUUAGUCCUCCACUUGAUACUGAGCUGGUUGGCUGUGUACAUGAUUGGGCUUGGGCUUUUUGGCUCGUCACUAGUGUUAAGUUUGUCUUGGUGGAUUAUUGUGAUAGCCCAGUUUAUUUAUAUUGUGAAGAGUGAGAGGUGUAAGUAUACGUGGGCUGGGUUUAGUUUACAGGCCUUUUCGGGCCUGCCGGAGUUCUUGAAGUUGUCCGCAGCGUCGGCGGUGAUGCUGUGCUUGGAGUCGUGGUACUUUCAGAUUCUUGUUUUGCUGGCUGGGUUGCUUGAAAAUCCUGAGUUGGCUUUGGAUGCUCUCUCUAUCUGCAUGACGAUUGUAGGAUGGGUGUUUAUGAUCUCAGUCGGGUUCAAUGCAGCCGCCAGCAGCCGAAAGCAUAAUGCCGUGAGCAAUGAGAUUGGAGCUGGACACCCAAAGUCAGCUGCAUUUUCGGUAGUAAUAGUGAAUUCAAUCUCAUUCAUCAUCUCCGUCAUCGCUGCAUUGAUCUUGUUGGCGUUGCGACAUGUCAUUAGCUAUGCCUUCACAGACGGUGAAGCUGUGGCUGAUGCUGUCUCCGAUCUCUGUCCACUUCUAGCCGUUACCCUCAUCCUCAAUGGAAUCCAACCCGUUUUGUCCGGUGUGGCUGUGGGUUGUGGAUGGCAAUCGUUCGUGGCAUACGUUAAUGUGGGCUGUUAUUACAUAGUUGGAGUACCUCUUGGUGCAGUCUUUGGUUUUUACUUCAAUCUCGGAGCAAAGGGAAUAUGGACAGGAAUGUUAGGAGGCACAGUUAUGCAAACCAUAAUCUUGAUUUGGGUCACAGUCCGAACCGACUGGAAUAAAGAGGUGGAUGAAGCUAGGAAGAGGUUGAAUAAGUGGGGAGACAAGAAGGAAUCGCUUCCACAGGGUUAAUUUAUUUUCUAAUAAGGGCCAAAUUUAAACUGCCAAAACAUCGAUAAAUGAAACCUAGCAUAAUUGUCUCAAUCAACCCUCCAAGAAGACAGUUAAAGGGAACCAUAUUUUCCAUGCAGGGUUACAUUUCUCCUUUGAUUAAUCAAAAUUGGAAUUUAUGAUCCAAUUAGUGCGGUCCUUAUAUAUUUAAUUUCCAUUCUUUAA